CGAAGAUGAUUAUACUAUACGACCUCCCAUCCAACCUUCCCACCCAAGCCUGGUCUGGCAACACCUGGAAGGCGCGGUUCUGCCUCAACUACAAAGGUCUUCCUUACAAGACCGAGUGGGUCGAGUACCCAGACGUCCCCAGCAUCUACAAGAAGCAUGGUAUAUCCCCAGUAUGCAGCUUUGGAGAAGGCGGCAAGUACUACUCGCUCCCCGUCAUCCACGACACUUCCACCGGUACCACCAUCGCCGAAUCGCUCGAGAUUGCAAAGUACCUCGAUGCGACUUAUCCUGAUGCGCCUUCCGUCCUGCCGAAGGUUGUCGAAGGAUCAGCCGAGGCGCUCAGCGAUCAAGCUGAGGUAGUCAAGAUCAUAGACGGCGACUAUCCAUUGGUUCUUCCCAUUACGCUGCAUUCGGUUGGGAAGAUCCUGAACCCGCCCAGCAAGGCGCACGUCGUGCAGACGCGUGCACAGAUUCUAGGACUCUUUGGAGUCGGGACAAUCGAGGAGUUCAAGUUCUCCGAGGAGGAUGUUAAUAAGGGGUGGGAUCAUCUGAAGAGCAUCUUCGAUGCUUUGGACAAGAAGUUUGGUGGGGAGGAUGGGAAGUUCGGGUGGUAUCUUGGAGCGCGGAUCUCAUUUGCGGACUUUGCGUUGGGCGGGAGCUUGCUAUUCCUCAAGACGGCUUGGGGAGAGGAUAGUUCUGAGUGGGCGAAGGUCAAGAACUGGCACAAUGGGAAAUGGGUCGCCGCUUUGAAUGCUUUGGAUUCGUAUACUACUGUUGUGUAAACAGGUUGCGACUGUGUUAUUUGCCUUUGAAUGUCAUGUCCAUGCC